AUGAAGGAAGAAUCUGAUUCGGAUACUAAACUUGACACCGAUGGACGCUGUCGGUCCGUAGAGGCAAAUUCCGUCGAUCGGUAUAUUUCAACUUUGCAUUGUAACCUCGACUCUCGCUACCAAGUGUCUGGUCUACUUGCUAUGGAAAUGCGAAAACCGCAGAAUUUCGCUCAUCACAAAGGGUUAUUGCAAAGCUGGAAGCGAUCGACUGCUUUUGGGGCUGGAAUUAAUCUACAAUCGGACAAACUGGAUUCUUCUGAAUCCAUAAAUGCAGACGAACUCCCUCCCAGGUGUUGGCGUAAGUUUUAUUACGAAUAA